AUGUCCUUUCUUCACACUCACUCAAGCGAGUGUAUAAAGAGGGAACUCGAUCUCUUCUCUCUGUCUCCUACGCAAACCAGCAUUGAGAGCUCGCAAUGGAUUUAUUACGAACCCGUAACUUCGCUCACGGACGAUUCACCCAUAGAAUUCGUCAUUCCCGGACAUGGAGAAGACUAUCUGGAUCUCACUCACAUCAUGUUGAGCCUUCACAUACGCGUAGAAAGCGAUCGCGGGGAGAGCACAUCGCUCGCACCCGACGACGUGGCAAAAGUAGGACCCCUCGUGUCGCCGCCAAACAACGCUUACGCGUACCGCGCAUACAUCGAGGCGUUAUUAAAUUAUGCUUCACCCGCAAAAACUUCCCAUCUAACCUCUUGCUUAUGGGACGCGGAUAUUCCCAGCUACAUGGACGACACGUUAGACUCGUCAAAUCCAAAUACGGCACUCGAGAGACGUGCGAAAUACAUUCAGGGAAAUCGCGCGCUAGAUCUCAUAGGUCACCUUCACUGCGACGUUUUCAACCAAGAUAAAUUUUUAAUUAACGGUGUGGAAGUUAGAAUGAGACUCGUACGCUCGAAAGAUUCGUUUUGCCUUAUGGAGAGUAAAACGUUAUCAAAAAUACGCAUUCUUGACGCUAGUCUACUCGUAAGAAGAACAAAAAUAAGUCCUAGUGUGCUACUCACACAUGCUAGAAUGUUGAAUAAAACUACCGCCAAGUAUCCCCUUACGAGAGUCGAAGUUAAAACAUUCACGAUACACGCCGGCGUCGUGGGGGAAUCGAUAGACAAUGCAAUACUCGGACAGCUACCAAAACGAAUAAUAGUCGGUUUUGUCGAUAACAAAGCGUUUAACGACGAGCCGCUCUACGUUGAAGCUUAUCACACAUUAUUCUCGGGAACCGGCAUUCACUUUCUGAACGAAGGUAAUUCUAUAACUAGAGACGAUUACGGCAAUGGUUACACUCUUUUUGCUUUCGAUCUUACUCCAGACCUAUCCGCUAAUUGCGCAGGACAUUGGAAUCUCGUGAAACACGGGAGCUUACGAUUAGAAGUGAGAUUCGAAAAAGCUCUUUCCGUGACAAUUAAUUGUAUCGUCUAUGCUGAGUUUGAUAACGUUUUAGAAAUCGACUCCUCGCGUCAAGUCAUUAUCGACUUAGCCAGUUUCUUAGUCUGUUUACCACUGAUUGUAAAUACAACGACCGAUUGA